GAGAUGAGGAAUUGAAGCGGAUAAACAAAAUUGAAUUGUUUUGAGUACAGAAAGUUGAGAGAUUCAAAAGCUAAGCUGAUGUGGCGUUCUUCUAUUCGUGGGUACAGAGAGUUUUCGCACUGUAGUUUGUUGUUGAAGCUUACUGAAAUGUUCUUCCGUGUCUUUGCCGCCCACCGACUUUAGCCGCUCUGGCAGGGACCCCUGCAUCUCCCACUCCCUUGUUCUUUUCUUUCUCUAUUUCUUUGCAGUUGCAGAGGUAGAAUAAAAAGAACGAAAAGUUGGGAAGAUUUGUUGUUUUUAUGGAUCUCAGGAGUUCGAUCUAUGUUAUUUGUAUUGUGAUUCUAUUUCUUGCUACAAGUGUAUCUGCCAAUGGGGUAUUCAGGGUUCAGCACAAAUUCGCGGGUCGGAAGCGGUCGUUGAGCGAUAUUAAAGCUCAUGAUGAGCGGCGUCACCGUCGGCUUCUUUCCGGCCUUGACCUUCCUCUGGGUGGAAAUGGCCAUCCUGCAGAUACUGGGCUUUACUUUGCUAAAAUUGGAAUUGGGACUCCUCCAAAGGACUACUAUGUACAAGUUGAUACAGGAAGCGACAUUCUAUGGGUGAACUGUAUUCAGUGCACCCGGUGUCCAACGAAAAGCGACAUCGGUGUAGAACUCACUCUGUAUGAUUUAAAGGCCUCACAGACGGGAAGGGAGGUUACAUGUGAUCAAGAUUUUUGCUCUGCCAUGUAUGAUUUCCAAAAUAUUCCUGGCUGCACUGCCAAUGAUUACUGCCAAUACCGUGUGGUGUAUGGUGAUGGGAGCACAACUACUGGAUACUAUGUAAGAGAUUUUGUAGAAUAUGCUAAAGUAUCUGGAAACCUACAAACAAAACCAGCGAAUGCAAGUGUUAUAUUUGGGUGUGGUGCUAAACAAUCUGGAGAUCUAGGUUCAUCUAGUGCAGCACUUGAUGGAAUACUUGGUUUUGGGCAAUCAAAUGCAUCCAUGAUUUCUCAGCUGGCUUCGACAGGAAAAGUGAAAAAGAUGUUUUCCCACUGCUUAGAUAAUGUGAAUGGAGGUGGAAUCUUUGCAAUUGGGCAUGUGGUGCAGCCAAAAGUUAAGACUACUCCAUUAGUACCAAAUCAGCCACAUUACAAUGUGAAUUUAAAGGCAAUUGAGGUAGGUGGUGCUGUUCUACAACUUCCAACAGAUGUAUUUGAUACCGGAGACAGGAAGGGAACAAUAAUUGAUAGUGGCACAACUUUGGCAUAUCUUCCAGAACUGGUUUACAACCCAUUAAUUACUCAGAUAACUUCUCAACAGCCUGGUCUGACAUUUCAUAUGGUUGAUGAUCAAUUUUCCUGUUUCCACUACAUAGAAAGUGUGGACGAUGGAUUUCCAGUUGUUACUUUUCAUUUUGAAAACUCCCUUUCAUUGGUAGUUUAUCCUCAUGACUAUCUGUUCCAACUUCGUGAAGAUAUAUGGUGUAUUGGUUGGCAAAAUAGUGGGGCACAGUCAAAAGAUGGAAAGGACAUGACCCUUUUGGGAGAUUUAGUUUUAUCAAACAAGCUAGUUUUGUAUGACCUUGAAAAUCAGACUAUUGGGUGGACUGAGUACAACUGUUCUUCAAAUGUUAAAAUUAAGGAUGAACAUUCCGGAGCAGUAUAUCUAAUAGGUGCACAUGAUCUUUCUUCUGCAGAGAGUCAGGAUAUUGGAAGGGUUAUGAUGUUAUUGUUACUAACUGCCAUUCUGCACAAUUUAAUUUACUGACUUGUUGAAAUAUAUGAUCAUGCAUCUUCCAUUAUUUUUGUUGUAUUAUAAUUGUUUUAAUGAAAUUGUCUGCUUGGCACAAUUUUACAUCCCCUAACAGUCAUGAUGAUAUAUCUUCAAGCAUGGAUCACAGCUAUGAGAAAAUUCAUGCACAUCAUAAAGGUGKUUUUUCCCACUUAAAUAUUUCUGAUCCUUAGAUUGUUUCA